AUGUUUACGUACAAUACAACACCGCAUACAGCCACAGGAUAUACACCAUUUGAAUUGGUCUACGGACACGAAGCUACUUUACCAACAUCACUAACGAUACCACCAAAACCAUCAUAUACGUAUGACGACUACGCUCAAGAAUUGAAAGAACGAUUACGAGCAACGAAUCAAAUAGCAAGAGAACACAUAAAGGAAGAAAAAAUCAAGGCGAAAAAAUAUCACGAUAAAAAAACCAAGGAAGUUAAAUUCAAAAUAGGGGACAAAGUACUUCUAUAUGACGAAACUCUCCGUCGCGGACGAUCGAAAAAACUAAACGCGUUAUGGACCGGACCAUACGACCAGGUCGUGGAUCAUCAGGAACCAUAUGACUACGACCGUCAGCGUCAAACACGAGACGACCUUCCCGCAUAA